AUUAUUGAGAAAUCAAAUCUCUUGAGUGUCUACAAUCAAAUGUAUGUCAGUCGACGUUUAGCUAAGAGUACAUUGAAGAGGUAUACACAACUACAAAAAGAAAAAAUUAAACUUCAGCUGAAUUGGAAACAUUUAGCUUUCAGUGGCACUCGGAAAUAUCGUCAUAAUUUAUGGAAAUAUAAUAUCCCUGAGAUAAUGAAG